UUUCUAUCUCUCAUUGUUAUAGUUGCAUGACAUUAUGUGGCAAAGUCUAUUAAAAAACGUUGGGCUUUCAUCUACAGAAGACUACAUUCAACCACGGCUGUCUAUUGGGAACACAGUGUAUGAUCGACCAUUUUCAACUGGUCAUUUCAAGAUACAAGUGGAUGCACAAGCAUUAACUGUGAGUGUAAAGAACCCAAAUGGACGUACAAUUUGGAGAUCUUUACAUAAUCAACCUUUUCUUGCUAGUUCACUUGGUAAAUGUGACAUUAUACCUGGAGAAAAUGCAGGCGUAUUUCAGAUAACUGAGCAUGAAGAAGCAAUAACGCGUCUCCAAACGAUCACCAAAAUUGAACGUGUCAAUGACUCGACCAUAAGGAUUCAUGGUGGCCUUGGUACAAAGUUGGUGUUACCAACCCACAUGGAUUAUGUAUUUACUUUUACAGAAGUAUCGCAGCGGCAGUUGGAAUUUUCUGCAGAAAUUCUGAAAAGGGAUUCCGUCAUGGAAAAGUUUGAACGGCUCAUACUGAUUUAUGAAAGUAGACCUGAGGAACACUUUUAUGGGUUUGGUGAGCAGUUUUCUUAUGCUUCGCUCAAAGGUUGUAAAGUUCCUAUUCUUGUAAGAGAGCAAGGUGCUGGACGAGGCGCUCUUACGGCUUCUUCUUUUAAGGAUUCAGCAUUUAGUGUGUUUGGAGGAUAUAAUUCCACAGACAGUUUUGCUACAUAUGCAUCUAUUCCGCAAUAUAUCUCGAGUGAUAUUCGAUGUUUGUUUAUGGAGAACACCGAAUACAUGAGUUUUGAUAUGACACUACCAGACCGUGUAACCAUUCGUUUAGAAUCUGAUAAAAUGAAAGGACGCAUUUUGGACGGAAAGACCAUGCUGGAUUUAAUUACGGAAUACACGUCUUAUGCUGGCCGCAUGCAGCCUUUACCUGACUGGGUUUCUGAUGGUAUCAUUGCAGGUAUUCAAGGUGGCAAGGAAAAGACAACAGGAAUCAUUCAAAAAUUACGUGCGUACAAUGUCCCGUUGGCUGCUGUCUUUUUACAAGACUGGACAGGAGCUCGUUUACAAGAAACAGGUCGAGGUGUGUCUAUUACGCAUCAUUGGUGGAAUUGGGAAAGCGCCGAUGAACUAUAUCCAGAAUGGUCAGCGUUUGUUGAGUCACUUAACAAUGACAAUGUUCGCGUCAUUUCUUAUGUCAAUCCAUUAUUAUCGAAUCCACAAGGUAAACGCCAAGUCAAACGAAACUUGUUUGAAGAAGCAAACAAGAAUGGGUAUUUGGUAAAAAGUGCACAAUCAAACUCUUCGGAACAACAAGCUUUGAUGAUCAAAUUUGGAACAUAUGUUGAGGCAGCCAUGCUUGACUUGACAAAUCCAGAAGCUAGAACAUGGUUUAAGAGCGUACUCAAAGACCAGUUCUGGAGCAAGCAUAUAUCAGGCAUGAUGGUUGAUUUUGGUGAACAUCUGCCUUAUGGUUCAGAUCAGGUCAUUUUGCAUUCUGGGGAGAAAGCAUCAACAUAUCACAACAAAUAUCCUGUUGAAUGGGCACAAUUAAUUCAAGAAGUUGUACAAGAUCUUGGAAAACAAGAAGAAGCGUUGUGCUUUUUCCGCUCAGCUUAUACAUGUUCACAAAGCAACAUGAAUUUGUUUUGGGCAGGCGAUCAAAACGUCACUUGGGAUCAACACUAUGGUAUCAAAAGUGCAAUUAUUGGCAUGCUUUCCGGUGGGUUUUCAGGUCUUUCAGUUACACAUUGUGAUGCUGGUGGGUAUAAUACUGUUCUGAGUAACAUUCCAGGUUUCAAGAUGGCUCGUACAAAAGAAUUGCUAUUUAGAUGGUUAGAACUUUCAGCAUGUACUCCGGCUUUCAGAACAUCUGAGGGUAUCAUUCCUUCUUUAAAUGCACAAUUCUAUGAUGAUGAAGAUACAUAUAUUCAUCUUGCCCACACGGCAAAAAUAUUUACACUGAUUGCUGCAUACAGAAAAACAGUUCUGAAAGAGGCAUACGAAUAUGGAUGGCCGGUGAUGCGUCAUCCUGUUCUUUAUUAUCCUAACGAUAAAACUGCUCGAGAAUUGACAUACAAUCAAUUUAUGCUUGGUAGUUCAAUGAUGGUUGCACCUGUUUUGGCACCUUCUGCAACCUAUGUUAAAGUCUACUUUCCCAAGGAUGCUCAUAAUGUGGUUUGGCGCCAUAUUUGGAGUGGAAAGUAUUACAAUGGGGAUGGUACUUAUAAGGCUGUUGAUGCUCCUCUAGGCCAGCCAGCUAUUUUUGUCAAGGAACCAAGAAGUGACGAAGGUCUUUUGAAUAGCUUGUUGGAUUACGCUACAACAUACUAUCAAAACAAAUUACAAUCAAAAUAAAUUGUAUGAGUCAUUUA